AUUAUUAAUACAACAAACCAAAUUCAAUAAACUAUGAACCUCCUCGAGCUCGAUUCGUUGUUCGACUCGAUUAAAGCCGGUUCGAAAUCUACUCUAUUGUUGUAUUGUUUAUCAAUUUAAGCUCAAACACAAUUUUAAAAUUCUUUCCAAAUGCAAACAAAUUAGACUAAAUUACGAGCCUUUUUUCCACUUUAUUUCAUCAUUUGUAUGUAUUCUGCUCCUAAAACCCCCUCCUCUCUGUCUCUCUCUCUCACACACACACACAAACACGGAGGAGCUCGUUUAAUUUUUCCAUGAAAAUAAAAUUAAUAUAAUAUUCCAAAAAUUGACAAUAAGAGGAAUUAAUUUCCCAAAUCGGAGUUGAUGGCUACUUCAUCAAGUUCCAGUCACAGGCAACACUCCAAACCCGGUGAAUUACCCGAUCCGGAUAUUCCAUCAACAUCUUAUUCAUCAUCGUCAGCAUCUUCUCCUCCGAAUCCGAACAGGAAAAAAUGGUCGAAUUUUCUACCGAUUCUGGUUGGUUUGGUGGUGAUUGGAGAGAUCGCCUUUCUCGGCCGCCUCGACAUGGUUAAAAACGUUGACCUAGUCAACUCAUGGGCCGACUCGUUCUACCGCUUCACUCAGACGACGACAACAAAAACGGCGUCGUCUUCCUGGUCGAACCAGAUAGCUGGGUCGGGACACGACCCGGUACCCGACCACGAGGACAGCUGCGAAGCUUGGUCGGAGAAGGAGGACAAUUUGGAUUACAGCUGAGUUUUCAACAUUAUUGAUUACCCUUUUUAUGAUUAAGGGGAAAAGGACUGGAAAACAUGUGCUGUUGGAUGUAAGUUUGGGUUUGAAGGUGGUAAGAAGCUCGAUGCUGGAUUCGGGAUUCCUCAGAAAUCUGGCACUGCUAGUGUGCUUAGGUCAAUGGAGUCGGCUACAUAUUAUGCCGAGAAUAAUAUUGACAUGGCAAGACGAAAGGGAUAUGAUGUUGUUAUGACAACAAGCCUUUCGUCAGAUGUGCCGGUCGGGUAUUUCUCUUGGGCUGAAUAUGACAUAAUGGCUCCAGUUAAACCAAAGACCGAAAGUGCUCUUGCUGCUGCCUUCAUUUCUAAUUGUGGUGCCAGAAAUUUCCGAUUGCAAGCAUUGAUUGCUCUUGAGAAUGCAAACAUUAAAAUCGAUUCUUAUGGGGGUUGCCACCGAAACCACGAUGGAAGAGUGGACAAAGUGGAAACACUGAAGCGGUACAAAUUUAGCUUGGCUUUUGAGAACUCCAACGAGGAGGACUAUGUUACCGAGAAGUUUUUCCAGUCUCUUGUAGCCGGUAGUGUUCCAGUUGUAAUUGGGGCCCCUAAUAUAAUGGAUUUUGCACCUUCUCCUAGUUCAGUUUUGCAUAUCAAAGAGGUCACAGAUGCCGAUUCUAUUGCCAAUAGGAUGAAGUAUCUAUCUGAAAAUCCGAGUGCAUACAAUGAAUCAUUAAGGUGGAAGUUUGAUGGGCCGUCGGAUUCUUUCAAGGCACUUGUUGAUAUGGCUGCAGUACACUCGUCAUGCCGUUUGUGCAUUUACUUGGCAACCAAGAUCCAGGACAAAGAUGAAGAAAGUCCAGAAUUUCGAAAACGCCCCUGCAAGUGUACCAGUGGCUCGAAUACCGUGUAUCAUAUAUAUGUAAGAGAAAGAGGGAGGUUUGACAUGGAAUCCAUUUUCUUAAGGUCGGACAAUUUAACCCUGGAGGCAUUAUCUUCUGCUGUUUUAUCGAAGUUUAAGUCUCUGAAACACGUACCCGUUUGGAAAUCAGAGAGGCCCGAAAGUAUAAGGGGAGGAGACGAGCUCAAAGUUUACAGAAUAUACCCCGUUGGAAUGACAGAGAGACAAGCACUAUAUACAUUUAGGUUCAAAGGAGAUUCCGAUUUCACUACCCACAUAGAGAGUCACCCAUGUGCCAAAUUGGAAGUCAUAUUCGUAUAAAUGAUUGAAGUUCCGGAAUCUUCUUCUUGGCUGCUGCAUUUGGAAAUUGUAGAAGGAAUCUCUCGAAGCUAGGGGUGAGUUUACUAAAACUCUUCCCUUUAUUCUCCUAAUUGCUUUUGCUUAACGAUGUAUUGAUUAGUUUUCACACGAAAAAAAAGGACGAGAUUAUUACUUUUUUUUUUAAUCUUAGUUUUGUCAUCAGUUUCGAUACUUGUUGUUUAAGACAUACGGUGCUAUUUGAGGGAAAACCAUGACAGUGCAGUCUAUUUAGUUGACCAUGCAAAAUGAUAGAAGGUCCUUUUCUUCGGAACACUUUGAUAUUUUGUUCAGAUAAUUUGUUUGAUCUUAAUUAAAUUUAUCGACCACUUUG